AUUACGGACCGCUCUAGCCCUAGUAUAUAAUAUAUCGUAAAUGGUCACUCUGGUGCUCACGUUCCGUUUUGUGUGGAUGAGGAUUUACGGAACACAAGCACAAGGAUUCCCUGGACGAACGGAUAGCUUACAAAGAUUUGUUUUUUUGAAUCCCCAAGAGUGACGGCCGGUUAUCCGAAAUGCUGGCCCCGGCACCACUAACCAAGAUCACGCGUAUCGAGAUCGAUAUCAACAAGUUAGGACACUGGGCCAAAGUGAAGAAGACGCCGGUUCAGGUAUACGAUGUGUCCGAGCGUGUGUUUACAUCGAUGCAGAACCUGGAUAUCACCUCGCUGGCCAGCUACCCAGAGGCCGAAAUCCGUCCAGUGCUGCCAUCGCUGGUGCGCAUGAGUUUGCUCUCGCCGCUGGACAACACCACAUCGUCGAUGGAGUCUCGCAAACAGAUCCUGGCCGUUCUCAUUGGCAUCGAGGUUGUGAACAGCAUAGUCUCCUAUCUGCAGGUCAACUAUCACGAACUAGAGAAUGAACUGAAAAAAGAGCUGCAGACUCGCCAGAAGACCCCCUACUUUGAGGGCCAGCAGCAGGAGUAUGGUCUGCAGUCGGGCAUCGCCCUGGGCUUUGAACGGGCCGAUGUGGCGCGUAAAGUCCGCGUCGUGCUCUCCGAGAUAUUCAAUCUGCAGCAGCAGGUCUCCGAUCAGAAACCCGCCGCCCACUCGGAGAUGCUUGACGACGGAAUCUACCUCGAGGAGGUGGUGGACAUCCUCUGCAUUGCCCUGGCCGAACUACCCUCCCUGCUCAACAUUCUCGAGCUGACGGAUGCCCUGAUUAGCGUGCCCAACGGGUAUCGCAUUAUCACUGCGUUGGUGGCCAAUUUUCCCGACUGCUAUCGCGAUGUUGUCUCCCACGUGAUUGCCAACUACGACGAGGAUGGCAGUGACGGCAAGCACAGGCUCUCCCUGCUGAUGUCCCUCAGCGAAAUGAACCCCACCCAAGCACUGGCCAAUCGAACGCUGUGCGUGGAAAUGAUGAAGGGGCCCUCCUUCAUGCUUAAGCUGGCGCUUAAGCAUUCCGACGAUCUGAUCCCCUUCCUCACGGGCUUGCUGCUGGGAAACGAUCAGAACCUGCGCUGCUGGUUCGCGAUCUACACACGCUCCAGUCAGAAGCGCAAGGGUGAUGCCCUCAAUCUGGUUCGUGUGGAGCUGCUCCAGAAGGUUGUAAAGACGACCACAAAUGCGGCAGAGCUUAAGGACUUCAAUCUGCAGGGCGUGGUGCUGAUGCGGCUUUACUGCGCCCUGCGGGGCAUCGGCGGACUGAAGUUCAAUGACGACGAGAUAAAUGCGCUGUCGCAGCUGGUCACGAGCCGCCCCCAGCCGACGCCAUCGGGUCUGAGGUUCGUGACACUGGGGCUGUGCAUGCUGAUAGCCUGCCCCUCGCUUGUAUCGACUAUUCCGCUGGAGAUGAAGGCGAUUGAGUGGCUGCAGUGGCUGACGCGUGAGGACGCCUUCUUCUGCAAGCGCUCUGGAACAAGCACCUCGCUGGGGGAGAUGCUCCUCCUGCUGGCCAUCCACUUUCACAGCAAUCAGAUAACAGCCAUCAGCGAAAUGGUCUGCUCCACACUGGGCAUGCGCAUACCCAUCCGGCCGAACAGCACCAGCCGGAUCAAGCAGCUUUUCACCCAGGAGCUAUUUACCGAACAGGUGGUGGCUCUCAAGGCGGUGCGGGUGCCGGUGACGCCCAAUCUGAGUGGGACCAUACCCGGCUACCUGCCCGUACACUGCAUCCACCAGCUGCUCAAGUCGCGCACUUUCCUCAAGCACAAGGUGACAAUCAAGUCGUGGAUCUUCAAGCAGAUCUGCAGCGCGGUGCGGCCCAUCCAUCCCGUGAUGCCCGCCCUGGUGGAGGUCUUUGUCAACACACUGAUCAUUCCGAAUCCCACCGGCAAGGUCAACAUUGAUCACAUCCACAUGCCCUUCACCGAGGUGGAGAUACUGCACGUGUUCCGCACCUCCCAGCUCACAUUGUUCGGCGAGGACCUGCCGCAGAUGACAGAAAGCGAGGAGCUGGCCAAGGUCGAGAUCAGUUGCCCCCUCACUGCCCAGCUGCUUAUGAUCUAUUACCUGCUGCUGUACGAGGACACGCGCCUGAUGAAUCUCAGUGCCAUCGGCGGCCGGAAGCAGAAGGAGUACGCGAACAACUUCAUGGGAGGCCUUCCACUCAAGUAUUUGCUGCAGAAGGCCCACAAGUAUCACAGCGAAUAUCAGUUUCUGUUCCAUCCGCUUCUGCGGCUGGUCAUCUCCAACUAUCCGCACCUGAGUAUGGUGGACGACUGGCUGGAGGAGCACAAUCUGACGACCCUAGGCAUCGAAGCCCUUGACUGUCCCUGUCCCGAACUGACGCCCGAGCAGCUGAGCCGCGCCCUCGAACACAUCCAGACGAAGCCUCGGCUGGCCAUACGCAUAUUCAAACAGCUCUUGCAGCUGCCCGCCGAGUCACUGGCCCAGUACGGCCAGCAGCUGGUGAAGCACAUGCCGGUGGUAUUUCAGAAGUCGGUGCCACGCUACAUCAAGGACCUGUUCCACGAUCUCUGGCUACGCCUGAAUGCGGUUCUGCCCACUACGCUGUGGGUCAUGUCGCUGCGAGCCAUCACCAAUAGCGCGGACUCGAUCAAUCGCCGGACCUUUGCCAAUGAAAGCCUGCUGGAGCCAAUGGAAGUGCUAAGCUGUCCCAGGCAUGUGUUCUGCUCGCCAUAUCUGCUGAUGAUCAUGCUGCGCAUUCUUAAGGGCAGCCUGGCCGCCUCCAAAACAUAUCUGAACGUGUACAUGCAGCAGAAGCAGGUGCUGGACAAGAACGGGCUGGUACAGACAGACGCCGACCGAGAGGAGCUGAAGACGACGCUGAUUGCCUCGCAGGAGAGUGCUGCGGUACACAUACUGCUUGAAGUUUUGGAGUACAUGUCAAAUAAUUCCAAGGAUCGCCUGUCCCAUCUGGAGCUGCGCGAGAUCCAGGGCAUCAUUGGGACAUAUGUGCACCAGGCGUUCAUAUCAGAACCGUCGCUGGCAAAGCUGGUGCACUUCCAGACGUACCCCAAGUCGGUGAUCCCGAUGAUGGUGGCUAGCGUGCCGUCGAUGCAUAUUUGCAUCGACUUUGUGCACGAGUUCCUCAACGUCAACGAGAUGGACAAGCAGAUAUUCACCAUUGAGCUGACCUCCCACCUGGUCCUCAAUUACUCGAUACCCAAGAGUCUGGGCGUGUCCAAGUUCUGCCUGAAUGUGAUACAGACGACUCUGUCGCUGCUCACCGUCUCCUCCAAGUGCAAGUUCCUGCGCCACGUGCUGCCGGCCAUGGUGCGGUUCGUCGAGACGUUCCCCAUACUGGCCGACGACUGUGUCAACAUUCUGAUGAACACCGGCCGCAGCCUCCACUCGCAGUCGUCGCUGGGCGUGACCACGAUGGAAAUGCCUCUCACGGAGAGUGCAAAGCUCUGGUCGUACCGGGAUGCCCAGAUGCAUAUCGUACUGAUAGAGGACGCUUUCAAAGCCCUGGUCUCCGCAGUGAUGCAGAAGUCCGAGUUGUAUUAGCCCAAUACAGAAAACAGAAUAUAGAAUACAGAGAAUAUGCUAGAAUAAUAUAGAAUCCAUAUCCAUAGAUGUACAUAAUUCCCGUUGUACCUUCCCCUGCCCCUGCACCCUUUUACCAAUCUCCAAAUUUGUUAUAAUGUGUAAUAAAAUUCAUAAAAUGACCAAAA